AUGACGAAGACUCAACAUGAUAAAUUAUGUGAUAUUAAUGAUCAAAUUUCAUCAAAUAUCAAUUCAGACGUAACUUUAAAAGAAAUACCAGUGAAAAUUUCAUGUUUUAAUUAUCUAAAACAACGACCUUGGCUAAUAAUUGUACUUAUUUUAUAUGCUAUUGCAAUGAUUACUAUCGUAAUUGGUGUUACAACUGUUGAAAUUAUUCUUCUUCGUCAAACAACAACACCAACUACAACGACGACAAUUGCACCCUUAAUUUGUUUUACAAUUCCCACAUCUCGUCCAUCAAAUGCUUGGUAUUCUGUAGGUAAUAUGUCAAUUACUCGACAAUACUAUACAAGUACUUAUCUUGCACAAGAUAAUUCAGUUUUAAUUGCUGGUGGUUUAAAUGGAAUAUCAUUAAAAUCAACAGAAAUCUAUAAUCAAUCAACAGGUUGCUUUAUAAAUGGAACUGAUAUGCCACGAGCACGUUAUUAUCAUACAGCUGAUAUAUUACCUGCAUUUCCUAAUUAUAUUCUUUUAGCUGGUGGUGUAGGGUCAAGUGGAACAUUGAAUGUUAGUGAUUUAUUUGAUCCAAAAACAGGUAAUACAUUAACAAUCGCUAUGUCAACAAUGCGUUAUGCACAUGGAUCAGCAAUAUUUGGUUCAACACAAUUAGUUGUUAUUGGCGGACAAGGCGCUGUUCAAUUAGAUACAGGUGAUGCUAUCUCAAGUGGAUCAAUAACAACAUUUUCUAUGAGUUUAAAUACAAUGAUUGUACCUCGUCUUUCGCAUACAGUAACAAGACUUGGAAAUAAUUCUGGAAUUAUUUUAGUUGCUGGUGGUUAUCAGGGUUCAACAUAUUAUUCUUCNUCAGCAAUAUUUGGUUCAACACAAUUAGUUGUUAUUGGCGGACAAGGCGCUGUUCAAUUAGAUACAGGUGAUGCUAUCUCAAGUGGAUCAAUAACAACAUUUUCUAUGAGUUUAAAUACAAUGAUUGUACCUCGUCUUUCGCAUACAGUAACAAGACUUGGAAAUAAUUCUGGAAUUAUUUUAGUUGCUGGUGGUUAUCAGGGUUCAACAUAUUAUUCUUCUACAGAAUUAUAUUAUGGUGCAUCAAAUAUGUUCUUUUCAUUAGGAUCCGGUGGUGCAAUGCCAACAGCACGUGCUUAUCAUACCGCAUCUUAUUUACCAACUGUUAAUAAAGUAUUAAUAACAGGUGGACAUCGUGAUAAUUGGAAUACUCAAAAUACAAUGAUUCUUUUUGAUGUUCUUACUUAUUCUUUUUCAACUUUAACGAGUACAAUGUCAACAUUCCGAUCAUGGCAUACAGCAACAUUAUUACCAAAUGGAAAAGUAUUAAUUGUUGGUGGAAGUACUGGUUCAGUGAUAACACCUACUUGUGAUGUUAUUGAUCCAUCGAAUAAUUAUCUAACAACACCAGUAGCUAAUCUUAGUUUUGCAAGAUAUAAACAUACUGCAACAUUAUUACCAAAUAAUGAUCAAAGUACAGUUUUAGUUUGUGGUGGUUACUCACCAACAAGUGUUCCACUAAAUUCGUGUGAACUUUAUUUUGUUUAA